ACCCACAGCCCGAAGCUACAGUGACAACUGGUGCCGAUAUCGAUCGCGGCCAAUUCUGACAUACUGUUUCUAGCGAGGAGAGUGCAUGUGUUUCUUCCUCAAUCCGGGGUUUGCAACGAUAGAAAAAGAGGGAUUGUUGUGUGGUGUUUCUGCCCUUAAUUGCACCGGUUUUCGUACGGCACAGUUUGUGCUAGUAAAUAACAUACCGUAACGUAGUGGGCAGCGACAAAAGUGCAACUGCACACCGAUAGACAACAGCUCACGGCGCUGCUCUGCACACCCAUCCGUGCACCCCACAGUCCCGAAUGGAUUCCGACCCGGAGGUGGUGCUGGUGGAAAAAAUUGAAGACGACGAAAUUUCUACAGAUAAGGACAGUGGCAUGGAAUCGGCCAGCGGCAGCAAGGAUGAAACACCGGAACGCAAACCCUCGACGCCAGAAGAAGCGCCCAAACAGCCGGAACCCGUGAAACCGGCUGGCACACCGGAAGCACCAGCACCUGUCGCUGCUGGUUCCUCGUCAUCAGCAGCAGCGGCCCCGGCUGCACCGUCAGCUGCCCCAUCAGGACCUUCCUCUUCCAGGCCUGCCACCUCCCCGCCGCAGCAACCCACAAAGACAGUGGCACGCACAAGUGCAAACGAUUACGAUGACGAACCGGAUGAGACGUUGGGCGAACGGCUGUGGGGUUUGACGGAGAUGUUCCCCGAUCCGGUGCGCCAAUUUUCCGGCGCCGUGUCGGACCUUACCGUGCGAAGCGUGAAGGGGCUGUACUCGCUCACCUGCAAUGCGUCGUGGAUUUUCUUCACCAGCUCCAUGAUCCUGCUGGCACCGGUUGUGUUCGAGGUGGAGCGGGCCCAGAUGGAGGAGAUGCAAAAGUCACAACAGAAGCAGGUCCUGCUUGGGCCAGGUUCGGCCGUUGGAGGUGGUGCACCCGGUGGCAUGCCCGCGCUACCACCGAUGGCAGCCGCUCGAUAAGCGUGUUUUACAGUAGCAGCUACAGCAUCCUACAACAAGUGUUUAGUGUUUUAGUGCCGCCGGGUUACCCCGUUUUUGCUUUGCUUCUCGCUUUCCCAGCAGUAUGGCGGGUUUUUUGGUUUUCCAUUUUUCACGUCCCGAAUCACACGUGCAAGCAUUCAUCCAUUGGACAAGAAGCUUUCUCAGUUUGCCCAAUAGAACCGGCCUUAUCACCCCGCAAAAAAGAGCCAAGAUCAACGUGUUUCUUAGUCGAUUGCUACUGCGCGACGAUGCUUUUCCUGCGAUCUGUUUCUCUCGUUCACGACGCGUUGCCAGUGGCAACUGUUGAUUCUCGCGAUCCAAACAACAGGUUUGUUUCAAGUCAUUGUUGAUGCAUUUCGUAGAAUGUGGUGCAAACUAAACCCCUUUCUACCAACACACCAGAGCAGGAAUACAUGCAUUCAAAACACAGUACAUUAUAUUCCUUUUGGUUAAAUAAGAAACUGUAGUGUCUAAAUGGAAUGGAAACGAAGGCCAGGACAAAACCAAUAAACAACAAAACACACAGUCAGUGAGGUAAUUAGUGAAACAA